AGGAAGUACACGCCUCUGCCCAACUUUCUCAACUUUUGCCCAUUUCCUGGCUGCAAUAACCUUCCCGGGGCAGCUCUGCCCCUAGGGCAAUGUCUGGGGAGCUCUGCAGGUCUGGCACCACCAUCCCAUUGCAGCUGGGUGCCCAGUCCAGGGCCUUCACCCAUCACGAGGGGCUUGUCCCCAGGAGGGGCCUCUCCAAACCUCCAGGGAAACCCAGUGUCUGAGCUCAUUCAUCUCCACCCAUCCAAGGAGGAAUCAAACAUAAGGAACGGGACAAUUUGGAGAGCGCAGCCCCAAGUCCGCAUCAUCCCCGUGGAAACAGGGAACGCCCGUGUGCCCGUGCGCCUCAGCUGCUACAUCUGGGGCUUCUACCCCCCCGAGGUGACCGUCAUCUGGCUGCACAACGGGGACAUCGUGGAGCCUGAUGACUACAACCCCAUCUCGGCCAUCCCCAACGGCGACUGGACCUACCAGACGCAGGUGUCCCUGCUGGUGGCCCCGGUGGCAGGCGACACCUACACGUGCUCAGUGCAGCACAUCAGCCUGCAGGAGCCUCUCGUGGAGGACUGGAGUCUCGGACUGAUGCCGGAGGUGACGAUACUGGUGGCGGUGGCCACUGUGCUGAUGGUGCUGGGACUUGGCUUCUUUCUCGCCGGCGUCUACUGCUUCAGGGCCAGGCCUCCUGCCCCGGGUUACACUCCCCUCCCUGGAGACAACUACCCCGCAGGUAACGGUGUCCCCAUCCCCGUCCCCAUCGGCGAGGGGCAAAUCACCCCAUCUCUCACCCUGUGUGUUCCCCCCUUCCCCAGGCAGCAUCUGAGGACCCCCAGACGGACACCUCACGGCACUGGCGGCUCCCAGUUGACCACAUCUCAGACCUGGUGCUGUGGUGCUGACGAUAAAGAUGCUCCACAAGCCCCACUGGUGUCUCUGCAGUGUUCUGGGCACGGGGCAGAGGCUCAUGCACUCCUACAGAGUCUCACCAAGAGGAGUAAGAGGGUGGGGGCCAUGCCAUGGGACCGCAAAGGGCCAAGCGUGCCCUGGGGUGCUUCAGGCAGGGCACUGCUGGCCGGCCGAGGGAAGGGAUCGUCCUGCUCUGCUCGGCCUGCUGCGGCCUCGCCUUGA